AUGUCGGAGCAUGUGUACGCUGAUCCGGACAUCAUCAACAAGGUUUGCUUUGCUCAGGACAUCAAGGAGAAUAUAAUGGAUAUCAAUGUCAGCGCGGAGAGCCUGAGAGUGUACGAAAAUCCCUGGGUAGAGGAUACACCAGGACCUGCAGAGCCUCAGCAACGAGCAACCAUUUCGGUCAAUGUACCUUCAGGAUGGAGGAAUCAUCUCAGACCUGCCACAAUGUUUCUGCUGCUACUGUGUCUUCUCUUCCUGGCCGGAGUCGUUGUCCUGGCUGUCCUUUUGAUUCAAGACAAAGGCCUCAAUGCCGAUCUAACCAGAGCGAGAGAUGAACUACAGACAAGUUAUGGUGACAUGAAAAGCCUCAAUGACAACCUGACCCAGAAGACAAACCAGCUAGAGAAGGACAUUGAUCAUUUGAAGGCCAUUGAAAGCAACCUCACUACAGAGAUAGACGAAUUAAAACAGCAGCAAGAGCGCUCAUGCUGUCCUGACUACUGGAUAAGGUUUGGCAACAGUUGUUAUUUAAUUUCCAAAUCGAGAAAAAAUUGGAGAGAGAGCAAGAGCUUCUGUGAAGAUCUGAAAGCUCACCUGGUGAUCAUAUCUAGCAAACAGGAGCAGAUAGCCGUCAUGUCGGAGCAUGUGUACGCUGAUCCGGACAUCAUCAAGAAGGUUCGCUUUGCUCAGGACGUCAAAGAGAAUAAAGUGGAUAUCUAUGUCAGCGCGGAGAGCCUGAGAGUGUACGAAAAUCCCUGGGUAGAGGAUACACCAGGACCUGCAGAGGCUCAGCAACGAGCAAGUAUGAGCAGCAAGUGUGUGUGA